UGUCUCAGAUUGCAUUUGCCUUCAGUGAUUCACAGAGUACUGAAAGAUUAAAAAAGAACUAAAGGAAAGAGAAAAAGAAAAGAAGAAAAAGGACUGCAGUGAAUGUUAGAUCAUGCAAAAGUUUAAAAGGUAUCUUUAUAUUUACCUUCUUGUAUUAAUCAUACCUGGUCCAGUGGAUUUAAAUGAAAACAACCAGGCAAAUGAGAACAUAGAAAAAGAUGGACCAUGCAAUGCAUGUACAUGGAGGCAAAGUACAAAAUCUUCAAGAAUAGAAGCUAUAAAAAUUCAGAUCCUCAGUAAACUGCGUCUGGAACAAGCACCUAACAUUAGUCGGGAUGCUAUAAGGCAACUUUUACCUAAAGCUCCUCCACUACAAGAACUAAUUGAUCAGUAUGAUGUUCAGAGAGAUGAUAGCAGUGAUGGCUCUUUGGAAGAUGAUGAUUACCAUGCUACUACUGAAACUAUUAUUACAAUGCCUACAGAGUCUGAUUUUCCUAUACCAGUGGAAGGAAAACCAAAAUGUUGCUUUUUUAAAUUUAGUUCUAAAAUACAGUAUAAUAAAGUAGUGAAGGCCCAGUUGUGGAUAUACUUAAGACAAGUCCAAAGGCCUACAACAGUAUUUGUGCAGAUCCUGAGACUCAUCAGACCCAUGCAAGAUGGUACAACUUCUACUGCAAUACGAUCUUUGAAACUUGACAUGAACCCAGGCACUGGUAUUUGGCAGAGCAUUGAUGUGAAGAGUGUGCUGCAAAACUGGCUCAAACAACCUGAAUCCAACUUGGGCAUUGAAAUCAAAGCACUGGAUGAAAAGGGAAGAGAUCUUGCAGUAACAUAUCCAGGACCAGGGGAAGAUGGCUUGAAUCCAUUUUUAGAGGUCAGGAUUACAGACACACCAAAGAGAUCACGUAGAGAUUUUGGUCUUGACUGUGAUGAACAUUCAACAGAAUCUCGCUGCUGCCGUUACCCACUGACUGUGGAUUUUGAAGCUUUUGGAUGGGACUGGAUAAUUGCACCCAAAAGAUACAAAGCAAACUAUUGCUCAGGAGAAUGUGAAUUUGUUUUUUUACAAAAAUACCCACACACUCAUCUUGUACAUCAAGCAAAUCCAAGAGGCUCAGCAGGCCCUUGCUGCACACCUACUAAGAUGUCCCCAAUAAAUAUGCUGUAUUUCAACGGAAAAGAACAAAUAAUAUAUGGAAAGAUACCAGCCAUGGUAGUAGAUCGUUGUGGGUGCUCAUGAGCUCUUCAUUAGGUUUGCUACUCCAUAAAAUAUUCCCUUCAGCAAUUUCUGAAACUGUGAAUUUUUGUACAAUAAGCCUACUUCUAAUAGGCUAUAUUCUAGGUUAUCAAAAAGAUUUCUUACCAGAAAAAAACUACAGUACGUGAACUGAAGGACCUUUUAAUGAAAGUGCUGGUUUUUAACCAGUGAAAAAGAGAAGCUACAAUCAAACUUACAGGAUUUCACAAUGAAUUACUCAUUCUGGAAAGAGAUCUGUUUUCACAUAUGUAAACAAUAUAAUCAUAUACAGCAGGUAGAAAUAGAUAAAAACAACCUCCUUCUAUUCCAAAGAAUGCAAAGGAAUGACCUAUUAAAUAUAGUCUGAACAGUUUAAUUUACUGUUCCAUUUACAUUAAAGGAUAUAUACUGGUGACAGAUAGAGUGAAUAGAGUACCACUGGAUUGUCCUCAAACACUUGAAUAAGUUUAGAGUUUUAAAACUGAUAAGAUGAAAUUCCACAAAACAGAAACGUCCACAAAUUAGGGUAGGUACAUUGUGUUUCCAUUCCGUUUAUAAUUAAUAUGCUCAUUACUUUCUGUCAAUGGUGCUAUCACAGUAAACUUUCAGUCUAAUCCCAAUAAUUGCUGUAGGAGCCAAUAACCAGAGAUUGGGGUGUGCUAACAAGUAUACCUCCAAUGGCCAGAAUCCAAAAACAAGCCCUUCUCAGUUUCAUCCCCCUCCCUCUUUGCUUUAAAAAUCUGCUUCAGCUCAGAUGGACUAGAGAACCUUUCAGAGCAAGUACUGUAUCUGGGCAGCAUGGAGGGCUGCAAGGAGGAGGGGAAGAAAUUCUCACGAGUAGCAGUUGCACAAUAUUGAUUUUAUAGCAUAGUAACAAAACUAGAUGUGCUAGAACUGCAGACACCAUGGAAUCAAGAUGGUGAUGGUAAUCCCUCUUUUCUCAAGUAUAAUGUAUUAAUUAUCUACAAGCAAUGAGGAUUUCUUGAGGGAUUGUUGGCUUUAGCGGAUAUCCACAUUACAGAGAGUGAUAAAAGGAAAAAUUGUCCACAUUGCAGCAUUACAGUUUGCACUAUGAAAAACCAAUGGAUAGAAUUAAUAAGUACAGUAUUGUAAAAACAAAACAUUGAUAUAUUACUAAGUUUGUGUAAUGUGUAUAUGUAUA